AUGGCGUGCAAGCGGGCCACCACGCGGGAGCUCCGGGCGAUGUACGAUGACGAGCCCUCCUCCAUGUCCCUCGAGCUCUUCGGCUACCACGGCGUGGUCGUCGACGGUGAUGAUGAGGAGGGCGACACCGCCACCGCCCUCCCCCAGCUCUCCUUCGUCGAUAACUUCAAAGGCGGGUGCGGGUCAGCAGCGGCGGACUACUACAGCUGGGCGUACAACGCCUCCGGUGGGACGCCCGGCGCCUCCUCCAGCUCCACCUCUUCGGUGCUCAGCUUUGAGCAUGCCGGCGGUGCCGGUCAUCAGCUGGCUUGUAAUUCCAGCACAGGUGACGAUGACUGUGCGCUCUGGAUGGACACCAUGGCCGAUCAGCAUGGCGCUGCCAAGUUUGGGUUCAUGAACCCAGGGUCGGCCGAUGUCGUCCCAGAAAUCCAGGAGAGCAGCAUCAAGCAGCCGGCCAAGUCUGCGCAGAAGCGCUCGAGCUCGGGUGGUGAGGCGCAAGCGGCGGUGAAGAAGCAGUGUGGAGGAGGCAGGAAGAGCAAGGCCAAAGUUGUGCCUACAAAGGACCCUCAGAGCGCCGUUGCAAAGGUCCGAAGAGAGCGCAUCAGCGAGAGGCUCAAAGUUCUGCAGGAUCUGGUCCCCAAUGGCACAAAGGUGGACAUGGUCACCAUGCUCGAGAAGGCAAUCACCUAUGUCAAGUUCCUGCAGCUGCAAGUCAAGGUGCUGGCGACCGACGAGUUCUGGCCGGUGCAAGGGGGGAAGGCGCCGGAGCUCUCCCAAGUGAAGACCGCCCUGGACGCCAUCCUGUCUUCUCAGCAGCAACCCUAG